CACGACAUCUUCAGCUUGGGUUUGACCUCUUCGUUACUUCGGCGCUCGAUCGAACUUUGCUACAAUGAUACGGCGGAAAGCCUCCAACGCCUCGGACAAGGAGAAGUGCCUGAAGCCCAAGCGUACCAGCAGCUUCGGCAGUUUUGAUCGUUUCAGGAGUACGGCCAAAUCGGAGGACAAAGCUGAGACCAGUGCGCCCGAUGGUGAAGCCGCCGGCGAAAACGCGGCCAAACCGACACCAAAUUCGGGCAGCAUCAGUAAGACCAUGAGGUCCAUCACCAAAACCAUGAAGAAGAAAAUGGCACGCAAGUACAUCAAAGCCUUGUCGGAGGAGAUGGGCGAGGACAGUGGAGAAGAUCCAUUAAACCAGGGAACGGAAGAACAAGGAGGUGAAGUGCGCUUGUUAAGACCCUGCGAAUCUCUCGAGAGUCUUCAGAGUCUGAACAGUGGCCAGAGCUCGUCCACAGGUGGAAUGGCAAGUGUGUCGGAUACCAUGAGCAACAGGGACAGUCUGCGGCUGGAUGAGGAGGUGCCCUACACCGGUCCUUUUUGUGGUCGCGCUCGAGUGCACACGGACUUCACACCGAGCCCCUACGACACCGACUCCCUGAAGCUCAAGAAAGGAGACAUCAUCAGUAUCAUCAACAAGUCUACAAUGGGCACCUGGACGGGAAUGCUCAACUCCAGAGUGGGAAACUUCAAGUUCAUUUACGUGGAUGUCCUUCCCGAUGAAGAGAGCGACCCCAAGAAACACCGACGCCACAGGAGGAGCACACAGCCGCUUCCCGAUUCCCUCCAGGAAUUGUUGGAAAGAAUCCAACUGCAGGAUCUUUAUUCCACUUUCCUCCUGAACGGCUACCAGAAUCUGGAUGACCUCAAAGACCUGAAGGAAUGUCAUCUCGUUGAACUUAACAUCACAGACUCGGAGCUGCGAGCAAAGAUCUUGUCUGCCGCACAUCAGAGUUAUGACAAUAUGGACGUCCUGAGUGAAGAGGAGGACAAAACUGUCCCAACAACUCAGAAUGAAGACUUCAACCUGAAAAACGACCGAUCCCAAUUGCUGGAAUGCCCCAGGGACUCCGGAUAUUAUGCCACUUCGGAAAUCUCAGACAAUGGAAAAGACGACUUGGACUUGGUGAACUUGCCGGAAAUGGUCGAGGAUGUCUCUCUAACCAACUGAUUGCUGUGGAGAGAAGCCAGUCACGAGAUACAUGUAGCAUUUAAUGGGAAGGGGUCGGUUACAGAGGGAGUUGGCAGGCUUCUGGUAUUGGUAUUCACUUCAUUUAAUAUAAGGCAGUGUUUUGAAUUACCCUGUAAUCUCUCCCUAAAGCAUGGAAACAUGUCAAAACAUUUGCAAAACUCUGUAAUUCUCCUUCAUCUGUUUCCGUUUGAGCUGGGACAAUUUUGCUAAUAUAUUUAAAGAGAAAUCGAUUGGAUAAUUGGGAACAAUUACAGCAUUUUCGGAAGAGAGCAAAGAAUUUGUACAUGCUGCUUACUUCAGCUGUUAUGGGGUAAAAGAGACGGAUUUUGGCUGCCCAACCCAAAUCGUUUGAUAAUCCUUUGAUCUUUUCUCUAGCUGCACCACUGAUCUAUGCUGUGCUAAGAUCAGUUAAUAAUAAAUUGGACUAAUUGAACGUCCAAAUGGGUCAAAUGUUGGGAAAACUCAACAACUUUUCAUUCAGUUUAGUUUAUUGUCACGUGUACCGAGGUACAGUGAAAAGCUUUUUUGUUGCGAGCUGUCCAGUCAGCAGAAAGACUAUACAUCUUACAAUCAAGCCGUCCACAGUGUACAGA